UUUGUUGGUGUGCAUGGGCUUUCUCUAGUGCUGGUGAGCAGGGGCUACCCUCCAGUUGCAAUCCAUGGGCUAGUCAUUGAAGUGAUUUCCCGUCUUGAAGAAGCAUGGGCCCUAGGUGCAAGAACUUCACUAGUUGUGGCGCAGGGGCUUAGUUGCUCUGAGGCAUGUGGAAUCUUCCUGGACCGAGGAUCAAACCCAUGUCCCCUGCAUUGUUGGCAGGUGGAUUCUUAACCACAGGAUCACCAGGGAUGUUGGAUGACCUUUACUGCUUUUACCUGUGCAUCUUGGAUAACUGCCCUCAGCUCUAAAGUGGGAAUGUCAGAGGUACUUACAUCAGGAGGCUGCUAGUUAGGGUCCUAGUAGGAAACAUCGUACAUGCAAAUCAGGUCAUUGGCACAAAGAUUAAUAGAGGAGCUGUUGACCAGGUGCCUCCUCAGAGGCAGGGUGGUAUUUAGGGGCCAAAACACAGAGGCCCGUUACCUCCCCCAGGACCAAAUGGAGGCAGACAGGAAGCAAUUCACAGACCCCGGGGAUGGGGAGGCUGAGUACACACAGCCCACUUCUCCUCUUCCAAGCCUCUCCCCCUCCCACUGGGCUGCUGCUGAUUAUCCUCAGUUGGCUGCACCUAACUCGGCCCAAGGGCAAGUAACCUGCAGAUGUAAGGGUGUCUGGGCACAGAGAAAGGAAGAGAGAAGAGCUGGGUGUGUGUGUGAGUGGGGGGCAGGGUGUGGGGCAGGUGGAAGAUUCACAGCACUAAAAAUUUGUUCAAAUGAAAUGAGAGUCCCUGGAAGGUGCUGGACAGUGACUGAUGCAAAGUCAGGCAUUCUGUGGGCAAUGACUAUCUAUCAUCAACAUCAACAUUAUCAUCAUCAUUACCACCACCAUUAUCACUGUUGCUACCAUCGCUAAUCUUAUUACUAGUACUACUACUGACAUGCCCACCUGCCACCACUAGCUCGGGCUGACUCAUACACGUAUGCUGGGGACCAGCCCCAGCUUCCCCCCUUGCAGAUCUAUUUCAGCGUGUGCAGGAUGCUUUGAGGGCCCAGCCAGACAAGCUAUGGGAUGAAACUAAGACUUGACCUUUGUCAUCAGCAUCACCUCUUUCCUUUCCCCCACAGGGAGCCUGCACUCCUCACGUGACACUGCUGUGCCCAGUGCCCCGUGGCCCGAGGCCGCGUCUCUGAAAUGAAAGCCAUGCCUUGGAACUGGACUUGCCUGCUCUCCCAUCUCCUGAUGGUGGGGAUGGGCUCCUCCACUCUGCUCCCCCGGCAGUCGCCCCCACCACCCCAGAAGCGGUCUUUUGUCACGUUCCGCGGGGAGCCUGCCGAGAGCUUCAACCACCUGGUGGUGGACGAGAGGACAGGACACAUUUACGUGGGGGCCGUCAAUCGGAUCUACAAGCUCUCCAGUGACCUGAAGGUCCUGGUGACCCACCAGACGGGGCCGGACGAGGACAACCCCAAGUGCUACCCACCCCGCAUCGUCCAGACCUGCAACGAGCCCCUGACCCCCACCAACAACGUCAACAAGAUGCUGCUUAUAGACUACAAGGAGAACAGGCUAAUCGCCUGUGGGAGCCUGUACCAGGGCAUCUGCAAGCUUCUGAGGCUGGAGGACCUCUUCAAGCUGGGGGAGCCGUUCCACAAGAAGGAGCAUUACCUGUCUGGGGUCAACGAGAGUGGCUCUGUCUUUGGGGUGAUCGUCUCCUACAACAACCUGGAUGACAAGCUCUUCAUUGCCACCGCUGUGGAUGGGAAGCCGGAGUAUUUCCCCACCAUCUCCAGCCGGAAACUGACCAAGAACUCGGAGGCAGACGGCAUGUUCGCCUAUGUCUUCCACGACGAGUUUGUGGCCUCGAUGAUCAAGAUCCCUUCAGACACCUUCACCGUCAUCCCUGACUUUGAUAUCUACUAUGUCUACGGCUUUAGCAGCGGCAACUUUGUCUACUUUUUGACCCUCCAGCCUGAGAUGGUGUCUCCCCCGGGCUCCACCACAAAGGAGCAGGUUUAUACGUCCAAGCUUGUGAGGCUUUGCAAGGAGGACACGGCCUUCAACUCCUAUGUGGAGGUGCCCAUCGGCUGUGAGCGUGGUGGGGUGGAGUACCGCCUGCUGCAGGCCGCCUACCUGUCCAAAGCCGGGGCUGUGCUCGCCCGGACCCUCGGGGUCCGCCCGGAGGACGACCUCCUGUUCACCGUCUUCUCCAAAGGCCAAAAGCGGAAGAUGAAAUCCCUGGACGAGUCGGCCUUAUGCAUCUUCAUCCUGAAGCAGAUCAACGACCGCAUUAAGGAGCGGCUGCAGUCUUGCUACCGGGGCGAGGGCACAUUGGACCUGGCCUGGCUCAAGGUGAAGGACAUUCCCUGCAGCAGCGCGCUCUUAACCAUUGAUGACAACUUCUGUGGCCUGGAUAUGAAUGCCCCCCUGGGCGUGUCGGAGAUGGUGCGUGGCAUCCCUGUCUUCACGGAGGACAGGGACCGCAUGACUUCUGUCAUCGCUUAUGUCUACAAGAAUCACUCUCUGGCCUUCGUGGGCACCAAAAGUGGCAAGCUGAAGAAGGAGAUCAGGAUCCUGGGAAACUGGGAAGAAGGAAGAUAGCCUGCUGGGAAAAUGAGAAUGAGGUGGAGCCAUAGGCAUGAGCUCAAAAAUGAAAUGAGACAACUUCCAAGAAAACCACUGAAUUUCUAGAAAGGGUGGAGAAGCCAGAAUGGGGCGGAGACCCCCAGGCUAUCUGGUGCUGGAAGAGAUGCUCACCCUGGCAGGUCAUCAGUGAUGCCUCUGUUCACAUUCACCAAGACCUUCUGAGGGCAGGGAGACCGUGAUGCCCAUGUUUCUACUGGGAAGCG